CAAAUGGCUGUGGCUAUUGCGUUUCAUGUUUCAUGACUGUCCCGCGUCUAACCUGGGUUUUCUCAUUAAUUUUUUGUAAAUUUUCGUCAUAUUUAAUUUUACUUAUUAUCGUGUGUGCUAUAAAACUUCUACGAUGUAAACCAACCAAACUAAAAAUGUUGAAGGAUAUUCCUCCCACCUAUUUUGCAGCCACUGCAAUCGCAGUUAUAAUAGGAGCGUACGUCUUUUGGGGCCCUGUUUCAAAUCCUCGUAGAAGAAAACAUGUUCCAGUAAUUGGUCUUCAAAAUUUGGGAUUCACUUGCUUCCUCAACGCACUGCUACAGGCACUUGCCUCAUGUCCUAUUUUCAAAAAGUGGCUAGAAUCAAGCCAACAAGGUCCUGUUUCACAAGCUUUGCUAAAUUUAUUGAAUGUUUUGAGUAAUGAAGCAGAUUCAACAGUUGAAGAUCCAUACUCGCCAAUGGAAAUGAUUCAGAUCCUGAGAGAAAAUGGAUGGGCGAUUUCUCCUGGUGAACAAGAUGCUCAUGAGCUUUUUCAUCACAUAAUUCUGACUUUAGAAGAAGAAUCUCAAAAAAGCCAUCCCAAUGUGUCUGGUUGCCUUUCGGAUGCUCUGCUGCCUCCUGUUGGACCUUCAAUCAAGUCAAAUCCGGCCGUUUCCAAGUCUUCAACUAAUUGCAACCAAUCGCCCAAUAAUCAUUUGCUACCUGCUUCAAGCUCAACUCCUACAGUGAACGGAAACGUGAAAACAUUUGAUAUAUCAGCUGAAGGUGACUCGAGCAAAAAGUGUGGGUCGCCGGUUUUAGAUAUCAAUCGUAAUCCGAUUCCGUCUCCCUUCACUGGGUUCCUCACCAGCCAAACAAAAUGCACUGAAUGCGGCUUCAAGUCAGUUCUGCGGUACGACAAGUUUGACAGUCUGUCGCUGCACCUGCCGCCGAUGGUAGGUGCUGGAGGGGGUAGUCACACCCUGACGCAGCUGUUGGACCGGUUCGUGACGACGGAAGUCAUCAACGGCGUCAACUGUGAUGGCUGCAAUCGUGAUGCACCCGAGGGCCAACCGCCCGUCCUCUCCAACGCGCUCAAGAAUCUCAGCAUCGGAAAGCUGCCGAAAUGCCUGUGCAUUCAUAUUCCUAGAACAGUGAUACACGAUAACGGGCAUCCCUACAAAAGAAAUGACUAUGUCGAUUUUCCAGAGUUCCUCGGCAUGGAUCCAUACACACAAAACGCCAUCAUCAAACAUCAAAAGGUUGAGCCAGUGGAUUCAAACGGAGUUACCACCGAUUUGUCGUCCGAAAGUAGUGUUUUGAAGCGUCUUCACAAUCAUUUCAAGCUCAAACCAUGUAACAACUGGUACCGGCUGAAGGCAGUUGUGGUGCACAAGGGCCCAAUCGAAGGGGGGCACUUUGUGACGUACAGGCGGGGGCCGCUGGACUCCUCCAUCAGACACAGGUCCAGUGAUAACAAUUCGCAUGUUGAACAAAGGUGGUUCCUCACUUCAGACUCUGACGUCAGAGCAGCAACGUUAUGCGAAGCCAUGCAGUCGUCAGCAUAUUUACUAUUCUAUGAAAAAUAUGCUAAUAGCUCAUCAUAAACUAUAAACUAGCUGCAGCUGCGACUUAGAGAAUUGGAGACUGUUAUUAAAAGGUAGUAAGGGUUGUCCAAAGUUUAAUAAUAGUUUGGUUGUCAGUGUAUUUAUAAAAUAUUUUUGUGAGCUUUCAGCUUGAUACAAUCAUUUACCAGAAUUAUAUUUGUGGAGUAUUACACAGUAACCUGGAAUAUCAGUUCUAAACUCGCGGAUUUGGCAUUCAUAUUAUCAGAUUUCUCAAAGAGAAUAAAUUAAAUUUGACAUCACUUUCCACUAACAGAGAAUUUUUUGUAUUAGACUAGUCUACUCGUGUAGCUUAUAGUUUGUAGUGGGUGUUUUUGAGUUGGUAUGAUUUUCCAGAUCAAAGAAAAACUGAUUGUAAUCUAUGAUUGAAAUAUCCACAUUGAUUCUUUUUAGACUCAACAUAUACUGUUUUGUAUGUAAAUGUUAGUACCGGGUGAUUUUUAUCAUCUUUACUUCCAUAAUUUUUUUCCGAUGACGAAAAGGAACGAAAGUCAACGAAAGGUUAUAGAGGUAAAAGUUUAAGAUAGAAGGUGUAGAGGUAAAAGUUUGGAACACAAUUUUUGACCCUGUUAUAGAUAGGGGGUAAACAUAUCAAAAUUUUGCACCCCUACCCCCUGUGCGAAGGGAGUGAGGGGUGGUUUGAAGGUUCCAUUUGUUGGUUUUUCGCACAUAUCUCGAAAACUAUGCUUAUCAUGGACAUUAUUAACCUAUAAAGACUUGAGAGUUGAAAAAAGUCAUGAAAACUUUAAACUUUAUCGUUAAAACUACAACAACUAUAAACUUUCAUAAUAUCUCAAAGUUUUCGAGAUAGGAGCUCUUAAAGGUGUGACAUUAAAAAAAACAUUGCCUUUUAAAGGAUUGAUAAAACAAUCUGUGCAAAUUAUGAGCUUAUAGAGCAUUAAUGUCUCUUCAAAUUAGAUAUAUAAUUUUAUUAUUUUACAUAUCUCCACAUGACUGUUGCAGCAUUUUUAGUGUGAAAUAUAACAAUAGAUCAAUAAACGAAGACUUUGUAGGGAAUUUUUGGAACACAAUUUUCGACUCUGUAGCUUUUUUGGGACUAGUUGAAGCUCGCUGAUCAAUUUAUAAAAUUGCAAAGAUUCACAUAGUCCUAAUUUCGCCAGUAUUUAUUAAGCUGCCAUAUUUGACUUGCAAUUUUUGUCUGUUAUUGCUGUAUGGCUGCUGGUAUAAGUCUAACAAUUAGCAGGUGCUUAGGAAAAACAAGUCAAAAAGCAUUAUUUAGAGGGUUUUCGAAUACAUAAUCUUUUAUUACCUUUUUUGAUUUUCGGAUAUAGAAAUUAUAUCUUCAAACAAGAGUGAACUAGUGUUGUAUGUUUUGCUCCCUUCCUAUCUUGAAGAGAGAAGAUGAAAAAAAAACAUUCGAGAGUGUUUCUGAGAGAUUCAGUCGGAUUUUGGUACAACUUCUAUUUUACUUGAAAUGAAGAGUACAUUUUUAGAGGAUAUUCAUGCAUUAUUGAAACUUUUCCACAUUAUGGACAUCCCUUACCUAGUAUUCAUCAUCUCAGGUUAGGUUUCUUCAACUCAUGGUUGUUGAUGUUCCUAUCAUAAGAUAUGUUUAUCGCUUGCCAAAUAUUUUGAAAUUCGUGAAAAUGUUAAGUUCACACUUGGAACAAUAAAUAUUCCAUAAAUUCAGUAUUGUACGCAUGGUUGUGAACUAUACAUAGAAUAUCUUCGACCAUCAAUGUAUCACAGAUUUCUAUAAAAAACUAUAAAUCCACAUUGCAAGAUGUAAUGAUUUACUGAAUUUUCUUUGUGUUGACAAUGCAUGAAUUUGGCAACACUAAAUGAAUACUAAAAAUUAUCAUUGGAAUCUAAUCAACUUACUGUAUUUAUUUUAUUGUAAGAAGUAGUCUGUGCAACUAUAUACAUAUACAUAUUAUUUAAGCUCCAUUCACGUUUAUGAAAUGGAAUAAAUGUGUACAGAGGAUUGACUUUUACCUAAAUGAAGGUUUCCUUUUGGAAGUGAGAUUAGAAGUACAUUACUUUUUGUACUUCUAAAUAUUUGGUAAAGAUUGAUAUAUUUUUGAAAAUUCGCAUGAUGCCAACCAAAAUCUGUUUAUAAUAUCUGUAGAAAUUUGUAAAUAAAGUUAGAAAAUACAUUGUCAAUGAAAA